CUUGAGCGGCGCUUCCACUGUGCAGCCACAACUGACCGCUUAACUGUCAAACUGUCAAACAGGCGAACGUUAAUUGCCUUGAAUUACGCGCGGCUACCACCUUUGGCCGAUGUGAUACACAUUGGUAGGGCUGCUUCGUUUUUGUUUACCUAUGCCUGUACCGGUAACCGGAAUCCGGAUUGCUGGAGUCACUAGUGCUGAAACAUAGCGAAAGAAAAGUGGUGCAAAAAACCCCCAAUAAACGAUCUCAAAUCCUUAUCAACGUACAGCAGGGACGGCAGCUUUCGCAUUCUGGUUGUUGUUGUUUUUUUCCGCGCAAACCCCGGUGCUUUUGCUUGUGCCUGUGUUUGGUUAUGUUUCCCCCAGUGCCACCGCCGUCGACGCCGUCGGUUCGCUAAGGUUGCAAAUCUGGAAGAUAAAGGGGAAAAGAUGAUUACCGCCACGGAACCGUUGGAAUACUUUCCACGAGGCCGUCUGGUGGUGGAAAAUCAUCCGGGGCCGAACGCGGACGAGGAGCUGCCGGUGGCCGGCCAGCACCCGGUCGACCUGUUGCUGCUGCAGCGCCUGCAAAACGUGAACAUCUCGCUCGACGAGCGGGAACCGGCCGAGUUCUAUCGGCUGCGCGAGCUGCCCCUCGGCCGACCUACCACGGCGACCGCGAGCCGCGAUGUGACGCCGCCGUACGUUUGCACCGAGGAGGAGCUGUACGUGUGCGGCCCGACCGCCGUGUGGACGCGCUGCAUCAGCAACGAGCCGGACGGGCUGCCGCAGAAAACGUUCACCUGCGACACGCCGAUCCGGUUCGCGUUCUUCUGCCCGCGCCGGUUCGUCCGGCCCGACACGGCAUCGCCGAGCGCGCCCGACCCGCAGGAGAGCGCCAUCUGUCUGAUCGAGAAGGACACGCUGCACGUGUUUCUGGACGGGGGCGACACGUACAAGGCGAUGCUGCAGUGCCCGGUGUCGGCGGUGUGGAUGAUGCCGGACGGCAUCCUGCUCGAGCAGCAGACCGACAGCACGCAGACGACGACGGCGGCGGCGGCGGCGGCGGCGUGGAGCGAAUCCGUCCCGUGGCCCCGCCUCUUCACGCUCACCUUCCCGCUGGAGGAGAUGAAGCCGGUGCUGCUGCUGACCGGGCUGAACUAUGGCUUCCUGCAUCAGCCCGACUAUCGGGUGGUGUUUACGAGCGAGCAGGUCGCACUGGUGCUGCUGUAUGUGGAGCCGAGCGGCAAGCACGUCAUCUACAAGCUGCGGCUAACCGAGGAGGAAGAUCUGCCCGAGACGCGGUACGCACCGUUCGCGCCCGACACGGCCGACUCGGAGGCCAGCUACGCCCAUCAGCAGACCGGUGACGCCAGCGGGCUGUACCACGGUUCGGUCGCUGGCACUAGCACUAUCGGCGGGGGCCUUGCCGGCGCCUCCAAGCUCGGUGCCAGCGCAUCCGUCUCGUCCCGGUUCGGGUCGUUCCAGCUGCCGAACAAUCCGUUCUCCGAGCAGGCGUCCCGGCUCGCCGAAGACGUCCUGUCCGGGCUGGACCGGCAGGGUCUCGCGCCGGAGCAGCAGGAACCGCGCAGCGAACCGCUCGCACCCCAGUACUGCCUCGAGCAUGUGUGGACCGUCGGUGGCAACGGUGCCGGUGGACCGGGUGGCAAUCCUCCCGGCUCGACGUGGAGCGCUACCGACGGCGAAAUGGCGACCGGCGCCUUCCUGCAUACCGAUCUCGUCGGCAACACGUACAUCUGCUUCCUGCAGGCCCGGGCCUUCCGGCUCACGCUGGUCCAGUACAGCCCGACCGCGCUGAACGUGCUCGGCAUCAGCACGCUGCCGGCCCGCUCCGCCGUAUCCCUCGAGCAGGUCAACCUGAUCGUGCUGCUCGACCCGACCGGCCGGCUGGUGCUGUACAGUGGCUGCAUCGCCGUCGGCAAGCUGCACCUGAACGGGCUGCCGAGCAGCAGCUGCUUCCGCGCGCACGUCACCGGCGCGGCCAGCGGUCCAGUGGCGGCGCCGCCACCACCGCCAACCCGGCCCCCUUUCGUGCCGAAUCGUCCCAGCGCACUCAGUAGCAGCAGCAAGCCGGACACGGCUACCAGCACCGGGCAGGAGGGUUUCCCGCGCCGCAGCACGCUCCUGCCGAACGUGUCGCCCGGGCACGGGAAGUUCGAGGAGGAGCUGCACCUGCUCUCCCCGGUGCGGCCCGCCCCGCUGGCGGGCACGUGCCCCUCGGGCAGCAAGUACGUGCUGCGCACCGACCACAGCCCGAUCGUGGCGCUGCGCGACGCGACCGGCUCGCGCUUCACGCUCGUGUUCGGCAACGAGCGGCUCGUCCGGCUGUCGCUGGCUCCGCUUGCCGAGUCGCACCUGGUGCGGAGCUGCCUGGCCGUGCUGCGGCACGCCCUCCCGACCACCACCAUGCACGAGCUGCUCAUCCACUGGUACAGUACGCGCAACGUGCCCGGCUCGCACGCCGGCCUCAGUGCGCACCAGGAGUGGGACCUGUUUCGCACGCUGCUCUUCACGAUGAUGGGCCGGCCGGUGGGCCCGCCCGCCGCGGACGAUCGGGCGGCCGACGCAACGGGCCAGCCGGCCGGCUCGGGCAGCUGCCCGUGCGCCGAGGAGCCGAAGAAGCGGCGCCGCGGGGACGCCACCCACGGCCAGCCGGCCGACUGGGAGUUUCUGGUGCGGCACGCGACGGACCGGCCGGCCGAGGGUGUGGCGGAGCAGCCCGGCGGCCGCCGGCCGUACCAGCGGCGCGAGCUGAACAGCCUCUACCCGCACAUUCCCGACUUCCUGCAGAUGCUGCACCUGCUGUACGAGGACUUCAAGCUGAACGUGUGCCGGGCGGACGAGCUACGUCGGCUCGCCGACUUCCUCUACUGUCUCGCGGCGGACGCCCAGCUCGCCGUGUACCAGCUGCACUAUCUGGUCGACUUUCCCGAGCUGUUCGAUCGGUACCGGCGGCACGGCAGCUGCCUGAUCGAGGAGCCGGCCCUGUUCGGCCGGCUGGGCGAAUCGCUCGCCCUGCCGCCGGCCAUCUUUCGCUACCUGGAGCGGCUGCUGGCGGAAGGGUGCAAGGGUGCGGACGCCCCGUUCCCGCACCGGCCCGGCAUCAACGAUCUCAGCUACGACAUGCUGACGCUCGUCGCGUACAUCUACCGCGUGCCGAGCGCGCAGCGCUGGGUGCGCCAGCAUCUCGCGUCGGUCCUUUCGGAGGAGUUUUUCACCCGGCAGCGCACCCGCCCCCUUGCACUGCAGGCGACGAACCACGCGGGCAGCCAAACGGCAACCGCCGCGUUCGAGCGGACGGGCGACACCGUGCUGGCGUUUCUGGUCGAGCGCGGCUACACCCGGGACCAGCUGGAGCAGCUGCCGAUCGCGCUGCGCUACCUCGUGCUGAACUACCUCGAGGGCUGCCGGCAGUACCUGUCGCACGGGCUGCAGGCCGUCUACUACGAGCUGCUGCUGCGGCCGGAGCUGCGCGCCCACGGGCUGGCGAGCGGGCUGCCCGAUUGGGUGCCGGACCUGCGGGCGCCCGAGCCCACCGAGCGGGCCAACCGACGGGCGGCGACGCCCCAGUACGACGAGAUCGCCAGCUGGCAGCACGAGAUGAGCGAAAUCGAGGUGGUCGGGGCGGGAUCGGCUGGGCCGACCGGCGGCACCACUGCUGCCGGGAUCGCGUCGACCGGCAGCGGCACGUCGGCCGCCCCGAAGGAGGACGGGCUGCGGCCGGGCCAGCCCACCCAGGACGAGGACGGCAUGGGCGGGAUGGACGGGGAGGUGUUGCAGCUGCGCUUUCCGGACGAUCGGCGCAUCGAGGACGUGCGCAGCUUCCUGAACAGUGCCGCCCGCAUCCAGAUCAAUCUGCCCCAGUCGGCGACCACGCCCGACCACGAGUUCCUGGAGGAGCAGGAGCGCCGGCUGUACAUGCUCUGCCUGCGCACGAUGGCGCUGCCGGUCGGGCGGGGCAUGCUGACCGUCUGCUCGAGCCGGCCGAGCGAGACGGAAACGGUGCGCGUGCCGCGCCUCUGCCUGUCCGGGCGGGACGUCACGCGCGGCACCACGAUCGAGAUCCAGCAGAUCGAAGUGCCGGCCAACAUGAGCCUGUGGCCCGCGUUUCACAACGGCGUCGCGGCCGGGCUGCGCAUUUACCCCGACACGCCCCACCUCACCUCUACCUGGAUCACGAACAAUCGGCAGGGCGGAGGGAGAAGCACGCUGCUGCCGGCCGGCACGGACACCUCCACCGAGCACGGCGGGUUCCUGAUGGCCCUGGGGCUGACCGGGCACCUGCGCAAGCUGUCGCUGUACAGCAUCUUCGACUACAUGCUGCGCUCGGACGAGAUGGUGCGGCUCGGGCUGAUGGUGGGGCUGUCCGCGGCGUACCGCGGCACCUCCGACCUCACCAUCACCCGGCUGCUGGCGGUGCACGUCGAGGCACUGCUGCCCCCGACCGCGGUCGAGCUGGACAUCUCGCAGAACCUGCAGGUGGCGGCCCUGUUCGGCGUCGGCCUGCUCUACCAGGGCACGGCCAAGCGGCACAUGGUCGAGGUGCUGCUGCAGGAGAUUGGCCGCCCGCCCGGCCCGGAGAUGGAGAACUACGUCGAGCGGGAGUCGUACGCGCUGACGGCCGGGCUCGCCCUCGGCCUGGUGACGCUCGGGCUCGGCGACUGCUCCUCGUCGCUGCACGAUCUCGCCCUGCCCGACACGCUCUACUACUACAUGAACGGGGGCAACCGGCGGCUGAUGGUCGGUGCGCAGAAGGAAAAGUACCGGCUGCCCUCGUUCCAGAUCAAGGAGGGCCCGACGGUGAACGUGGACGUGACGGCGCCGGGCGCCACGCUCGCCCUCGGCCUGAUGUACUUCGCCACCGGGAACGAGCCGAUCGCGCGGCUGCUCGAGCCACCGAACACGCUGUACAUACUGCAGCAUCUGCGGCCCGACCUGCUGCAGCUGCGCACCGUCGCCCGGCACCUCAUCCACUGGCAUCGGAUCGAGCCGACGUGCGGCUGGGUGGAGCAGCAGCUGCCCGACCUGCUACGGCAAAACAUUUCCCUCACGUGCGAUGCUCCACAGCAGCAGCAGCAGCAGCAGCAGCAGCCGCAGGACGACACAAUGGGCACUGCGGAGACGGCGGAGGAGUCGGACGCUCCCGGUGAUGGUGGCGGCGCUGGUGGACCCGCCUUCUCCCACCGGCUGUCCAAGUUCGAGCAGGUGCUGUACAGCCAGGCGUACUGUAGCGUGGUGUGCGGGAGUGCGGUCGCGAUCGGGCUGCGGUACGCCGGCACCGCCAGCGAGACGGCCGUCGAGACGCUCGACCACUACCUGCAGUACUUCAUCGAGCAGGGCGUCCGGCUGCAGAAGGGCUCGGCCGAACCGCCCACCAGCCUGGCCCGGCUCGUCGGCAGCCAGGUGAUCGAGAACUGCACGAUAAUGCUGCUGCUCGCCCUCUCGCUCGUGCUGGCCGGCACGGGCAGUCUGCGCGUGCUGCGCCCCAUCCGCAUGCUGCGGUCGCGCAUCGGCUUCCAGCACGUGACGUACGGCUCGCACAUGGCGGUGCAUAUGGCGCUUGGGUUUCUGUUUUUGGGCGCCGGCCGGUUCACGCUGUCCCGGUCGCCCGAGGCGAUAGCGGCCCUCGUCUGCGCGAUCUUCCCGAAGUUCCCCACGUACAGCAACGACAACCGGUACCAUCUGCAGGCGUUCCGGCACCUGUACGUGCUCGCGAUCGAGCCGCGCAUCUUUCUGCCGCGCAGCAUCGACACCGGGCGGCUCAGCCUGUGCCGCAUCCGGUACGCGGCGGUCGGGCGGGAGCACCAGCCGGUCGAGCAGUUUGCGCCGUGCCUGCUGCCCGAGCUCGGCACGCUCGCCUGGCUCGAGGUGUGCGAUGAAAACUUCUGGCACUUCCGGUUCGACCGGCACCACAACUGGCAGAUACUGGAGAGCAUCUUCAAGAGGAACGAGCGGGUGGACGUGAAGCAGCGCACCGGUUGCCUCACCUACCAGGAAGAUCCGACCCGGCUCAUCACGAGCCAGAUGAAUGCGUUCAGCCAGCCGAACCACAGCCGGUGGCACUUCGAGCCGCUCAACCUGCUGCAGCUGGUCGACCAGCCGGACGUGAUCAACACGACGCGCACGCUGCUGCUGCAGCCGGACCGGCCCGCCCUCCGGUGGCCGAUCGAGCCGGCCGGCCACAGCGACGAGCUGCGCCACAGCGUGCUGCUGUACGCGCGCCUAGUCGCGGACAGUGUGAUGGGCGACCGGCUGCACGGGCUGCCGAUCUUGCUCGGGCUGACACAGAUAUUGCAGGACGAUAAGCGCCGCACGAACAAAUCGCUCGACGCCUGGCAGCUGCGGCUGCUCCGGGCGGCACUGGAGAAGCAGGCCUGGCCGCACCGGGCACCGGACGCCCGCUGCCUGGUGGUCAGCAAUCUGCUGCAGUCGCUGCUGAAGCGCAUCUGGCAGCGGUGCGACGAGCAGCGGGCCCGCUAUCGCACCGUCAUCCGGCAGUACUUGCAGCUGGGUGACGACGACGACGGCCACGCUGGCCAGCCGCAGCAGGAGCAGGAACGCCGCGGUGUCGAUCCGGAGCGGCGCCGGGAGCAGCUGCGCGUGCUGGUCAAGCUGAUCGUGCUGUACGAGCUGCCGUACGACCGGUUGCUGCAGGGCGGGCUGGAAUAGCAGUUAUCAGCAGCAGUUAGCACUGAGUGAGCUUUUUUUUUGAAACGGUAUAUUUAGGGCUGUUUUGUGUAGGAGUGUAGGCGCAUACUGUAGCACAGUAAGAGAUGGAGAUUUGAGAAAAAAAGAAAGACAGAGAGAACGACAGAUUAAACGGCCAUGUAGCGUUAGAAUCUCAUGGUGUAAUACGUCUCCUUUGAAAGGAUUUUCAAACGGCACAGCUUUUUGCCAGUUGACAGCACAGGUCAUUCCUUUAACACACAAACACACAUGCGAUAGGUAGGUUUAAUAAGCGUCGCCGCAAUCAACACCGCUGCACGUGUUUUGGCUGUUUGCUUGAGUUGAGGUUUAACGCUAAAUUUUUCAUUUCCAUUCUGAUGGUUUAAAUUUAAACGGUUAUCGGUAUGUUCCCGUUUAAAUUUUGCUGCGCCUACCACAUGCCUCCCCGCAUAUGGGCCAGCCAAAUGAGGGGGGAAAAUAAUUUACUUUUUUUCAAUUGUUUAUGUAAUUAUAAUACAAGUAACUAAAAUAUUCAAACUAAACGGAUUUUUUUUGUAGAAAAGGAUUUGAAACAUUUGAACAGAAGGAAUUGCUGUCACGUAUGCGAGAUAAGCAAAAUAAACAAUUCAAAUUGAGCGUUAUUUCAUAAAA